AACUAAUUCGUUCUAUAUGUUUUGCAGAAUGAUAUAAUGCCAGGUUGUUUAGAUUGAGCAGACUUUACCUGCUGCUCUCAUUAUAUUUGCGAGACAAGUUUGCAAAAGACAGAGCCAUGGUUUCUCUGGAUUUAAACAACUGAAUUAACUGGAUAUAAAACUUGAGUUUCCUCAAAAUGGCAAAUUCAAGCACAGUCGCAAAUGGAGCAAGAUUAGAUGAUUGCCAUUCUUCUGUCUUUUCAUUGGCGGACCUCAGCGGCAUCAAAUGGCAUCGAUAUUCCUCCAUUUCACCGGGUCUUGCAGAUGAUCCUGUACUUGCUGCCUUCACAAAAUGUCUUGCUCUUGAUAUUUUAGCUGUGUGGCGAAAAUCAAGCAAAAAAUCCCCUAUGCAGCAUGGCCUACCACAGGAAGGAAUAGAGAGGGAGUUGUGGAUAUUCUGGUGGGGUGAGGAGCCUAAUAUUGAUGAAAUAUCUCAACAGAGAGGACUGAAUGACAUCGGUCGAGGUAGUUGGGACGAAGGGUUGACUUAUGAGUGCCGGACUUUACUUUUUAAAGCAAUUCAUAACCUUGUGGAAAGAUGUCUACUCAAUGAAAAUUUUGUUCGAAUUGGUCGUUGGUUUGUUAAGCCUUUGAACAAAGACAAUGAAGAAGAUAUAAGUGACAGAUUCUCGUUUUCGUUUUCCUUCUUUUUACACGGAGAGAGCUAUGUCUGUACAACCAUAGAAAUAGCAAAACAUCAACCACUUGAGCGACUAACGUACCAACAUUUCCAACAUGUCACAUCAUCAACUAACAAUUCCGUUGUGUUGGCUCCAUAUGGUUUAGCUGCCACUUUAACCGGCACCGCGUAUCGUAACCCACACGAACCAACUGUUAAGAAACUUCUGGAAGAAUGGAAACCCUUCUAUCCUAUGUCAACAUCUGAUGACUUUUCCAUGGGCGAUUUAUGCGAUGAUGAAACAGAAGAUGACAAUAUACCAGUUCCUCCUGUUGUCGAAGUUGUUAUCGCUGGUGUUCAAAUGAAUUAUCCAUCUCAUUACAUCCUCGUGCCUGUGGAAGACACUGGAUUAAACUCUUCCAUGUUUAACUCGUUCCAAGGAUCAAAUAUGAAGAGAUCAUCUGUUAACGACAAAAUUAAACCAACUAAUGGUCGUUCACCAGCGAGGAUGGAAACAAAUUAUGACAAAGGAAACCUUGGUCCACCAUCUGUGGCAAGUAUAAGUGACCAGAUACAUGGACCACAAUCCGUUGGUUCAAGUUUAUUUAGCCCAGCUUCAGCAAAACCAAGUCCUAACAAAAACACAGUGGUACCUGUUCCUGGGUAUAUACAACAACAACAGCGACCACCCAAUCAACCCUUACCAUCAAAUAUCAUUAAAAGAAUUUGUCUAAGUAGCAACAAAACGCAAAGCAACCAAGAGACAAAUAAUUUUAACAGCAAUUUCAAUUCAAGUGAAGAUAUUAAUGAAACAAAAUGGGAAUUUACUGAUUCUUUUAAAGAUAUAAGAUGUCGACAACUUCCCUCUCGUCCAUACUUACCCUUAGAUGGAAGACACAGCGCAAAGUUAGAUCGACAGCAACGAUCUCGUCCAAACACCCCUUUUCACCAUAGAACUCACGAAAACGAAGCGCAAAAUAUCGAAACUCAGUCGAACAUUAUACUACCCCCUCACUCGCGGCCUUCUGUGUUAAUAAAUGGCCCCACAGAGUUCAUGGGUACCCCUCAAACAUUCUGCCCCGUGAAACUUGAACCCACACCCUCCCCAAGUAACUUAGGGGACAAGUUUUACCAACCGAAGGCCAAUUACGAGUUGCGUAACCAAACACCUCAACCGUUUAUACCCCCACCCCAGGAGCAAUGGACAAAUUUAGAUCAGAAUAAUUUAAUUUCAACGAACCAAACUUAUGAAGUUGAUGACGUUGAAAUUAAACGAACAGUUAUGAAUUGGAAAACAUACAAGUUACCCAUAACAUCCAUGGUUGACCACAAACCUAAACCUCCCAUGCUUGUAUGUGAUAACUUGGACAACCGUGGUUAUUCCUUCUCACAUAACAACACCUCAUUAUCUGAAACAGCUUUGUUAUAUUCCUGUCCAACAAGGAAAAGAUUAAAAGUUGAAGAAACGAAUGAGAAAUCCUUAUUACCAUGCAAGCAAGAGAACCCUUACUAUCCCCAUGAUGUAAAUGCACAGCAAGUUACUUUUGGGACAGUUAAAAGUGAGUUAGCAGGCAUGUUGGUACAAGAUCCGUAUGCGUUUGAUGAUGAAUUAGAUGACGCAACAACCACCAAUGGUGUGGCGGGGUUAUCGGAUAUUAUUCUCAAUAAAAACCAUAACCAAGUUAUUCCAUUGAAUCGACUGCCAAGCUCACUUGGGUUUGAGUAUGGAGAUGGGAUGAGUAAUGAACAAGAUACAGUAUUAACGGGUCGUAGCCAGUUAGAAGCGUUAUUAACACAAAACACAACGUCACCCAGCAAUAAACAACCUAUUCAUGCAAGCAAAGGUAGCAACUUAUCGAAUGUUAUCGCAGCAAAGUCACUAAAGAGCAAUUCUGACUUGGACUUCUCCAUGGACGACCUCACUCAUAUGUUUGAUGAGGAGGAGGAAGGAGGAGCUCCCACUCCUCCUGAGGAGGGAGAGGAGAGCAAUUAUAAGAAGAUGAAUCAUUCCAUCAAAACAUCAACUACACAUGCUGCAACUGACCUUCAGCGUAUGUUUCCCACCCCUCCCUCCAUGGAGCAAUGCCAAGCCUUCUCCCCUGAAAGUCGGAUACCUAUUCCUAACUCAGUGGUUGCUAUGGACGAUACCACGCCCAUAAUACCAACCAAUGAGCAUCAAGUGAUUUAUUCAAGCGAGAAACUAGAGACGGAUAAAUUAUUACAAGAUGAACUACCGUUGCUUCCUACUUCAUAUGAGAUGCAGACUUCUGCAUGUAACAAGAUAAAACAACAUCCUACACCAACGUUGUACCAACCCAUAAAGUGCCUUACCACUCAACUACCUCUACCUACAUUAUCAUAUACCCCAGCGUGGCAGCUCCCCGUCCAACUACCCCCGGAUCCUUCGUUUAUUUUACCCACAAUGCCGAUCAAUGAAUACAUCAACAACGCCCCCGUCACACCAGCGACACCCGGUGUCAGUUUUACCCCUGGGACCCCGAGUCGUUCAUCCGUGCGGACCCCGGCCUCCGUUCAACCCACUCCUUCGCCCGUAACUUUCUCCGUACCCACACCGAGGACCCCUGGCAGGUCCGGGAUUCGAAGCGUUGACCCCCUAGAGUCCCCCGCGUCGUCAUUUGCCACCCCUAACUCCCAUCUUACCUCGAAAGGGAUGUACACGGACCAACACGGCAACGCCGCGAUUUUCAUGAACCUUUUACUCUCCGAUUCAGUGUUGAAUUUAUUCCGUGAUCGUUCGUUCGAUCAGUGCGCGUUGUGCGUUUGCAACUCUAAUAUUAACGGGGCUGAUAUUGAAAUGGGUUGCUUGCCUGCACUUGCUGACCAAGAAGCACAAUUUCGUUGCAACUGUGGUUUCAGUGCUGUGAGGAACCGAGCAGCAUCCGUUGGAAACGGACUCUUCCUUGAAGAUGAGCUUGAAGUGGUCGGAGCAAAGUUUGAGAACGAGAUCAUUCAUGCUCGCUGUCGAACAUCUAAUUACCUACCAUCAGAUGGAGAAACAAAGAGAAACUCGUUGGGAAAACCGAUUGAUAAAGCGGAAAAUGUUGAAGAACUGCUUCAGUUAGCCAUGGAGUAUAGUGCUUCACCUUUUACUACGUUGGAACUUUGUAAAGAUUUAGAUUCAAAUAAUUUCACUGCAUUUGAUGAGGAUAAUAUGGUUGUUAAACAUGACAUAUGUGAAGCUUGUGCGCUUGCAUUAUGUGGUAGUUUACUUGCCAUGGAACAUCCGACGAAACUUGAUGCAGAUUCCAUCAUUAACCCAAUACAUCAGUGGAAAGACACCAGAUCUGAAGUUUAUGAGUUCGCUGGUGGGUUUGACGUUUACCACUUGUUAGUUUCGCUCAAACCUGUUCUACAAGACGCAGUGCAACGGAAACGAACUUCAAGGACAUUCGGAACCACACAGCAUGUGAAGGGACCUCUCACUUGGAGGGAGUUUUGUAAAGAAGCAGGAAAAAAUGCUGAACCUCAAUCUAUUCCUUCAUUUGUGGUCGGUUACAACCAUGACUGGGUAUGUAUUUCACCCGAGUCGCUCCGUUACUGGGAGAAACUAUAUUUCGAGCCUUACUCCUCGCCACGGGAUGUGGGGUACGUGGUGGUGUGCCCCGAUGGUGAUAAUCUUGUGUCUUCCGCUAAAGUCUUCUUCAAAGAACUUUCUUCUUUGUAUGAGUCGAGUAGACUCGGAAAAUUUAAAGCAAUCAACAAAGUAUUAAAAGAUGGAGGAAUUUUAAAGAUUGGGAAAAAUUCUUCCAAAGUUUCCCAUCUUCCCCUGGAUGAUUGGUUCGAACAAUUACAACAAACAUUAAAUUCAACGUCGGAUAAUUUGGUUGGAAACGAGAAUGUUGAUAAAUUGUUGUUGUACGCAAGGGAGUGUCUUCAUAGUCUUGGUCCAUUAUUAGAAGCCGAACAAAGUCUUGAAAUCAACUCUUUACAUGUUCGUGAGGGAAGAAAUCGAAUGCAACAAUCAUUGAAUAGAAACGCACCUAUCUCCAACAGUAUUAAUAAUAUAGGAAGGUCUCCUGCUCAGAUGCAAAGCAAUCCAACAGCAGUGGCUUUAAAAGACACGCGACCUGUAUACCAUCCAUCGUACAACGCAUCAACUGCUUGCAGCAUUGUGGUUUAUCUGCUCGAUCCAUUCAAAAAUUCGGCCUCGCGUGGAUUAUGGCACUGCUUUCGAAUUCUACAGAAAUCGCUGCCGAAACCAAUUCGUGAUCACAUCAUAUUUCAGAUUGUCCCAAUUGAGCAUGUGUUGCGCGUGUCAUCCCCCAACACCCGACAAUCAUUCGUGCACGUCGUGCGCUCCUUGUCCUUCAGCACGUUCGCGCAAUGUCGCCGAAAUCUUUUGCACGAAGUCAAAGUUCGCUCCAUGACAGGUUUCGGGCCCGCUGCUUCAGAUAAACGUUAUUUGCAAGAAAACAACCACAAUGUAUUAAACGAAACCCGUUUAUACACUCCACCAUAUGUACUUUCUGUACCAAGAGAGGGAAACCAAAUAAACUGCAAACAUGAAAACCCCCCCAACAUAUUGUUUGUCUCAUACUGUGUGUCACAUGACCAGAAGUUUGUCCUUGCAUCAGCCACUGACCAGUGUGGGGAGCUGUUGGAGACUUGCUGCAUCAAUAUUGAUGUUCCUCCCAGACGGUUGUCGGUUUCACGGAAACACCGGGUGUCAGUGCGGAGCGAAGCGAUAGAAAAGUUGUGGAAGUUUUGUGUGACCACGGUAUCGAGAUAUUCAACCACAACGUGGAGGAUUGUAGUGGGAAGGUUGGGAAGAUUAAGUCAUGGAGAGAUACGAGAUUGGGGAAAGCACCUUCACCGUCGUAGUCUAUUAUCAUGCACUCGAAGGCUUUCAUGCAAACAAUGUAAGUUACAACAGAAGAGUGAAAGUGGUUUCAUUAUAAGUGCUUGUCUCACUUCACUCGAACCUGAUGGUGCGCUCAUGAUAAUGCCAGGUGAUAUUAUGAUAUAUUUAUGGUGGUAUUAUGCUAUUUUUAUGGGGAUAUUUUGAGGAUGAUAUUUUAUG